ACGUCUCUGGUCGCACCAUGAACACUCGGCUCGUCCUCCUGCUGGCUCUCGCUGCCGUUGCUGCGUCGGAUUCUCAACCUUCGUCCUUCUACGGUGUCCCGCGAGUUAGAACUCAAGUAUCAGAUGACUCUGCCGAAACGUCCUCAGAGAGUCGCCACAUCUACCGUAGUCAUGAUAGAUCUGACGAAGAUUCUGUUGAAUAUGCACCUGCAAAGUACGACUUCGACUGGGCCGUGAAGCACGACUACUCCGGCAACCACUUCGGCCAUCAGGAGUCCCGCGACGGAGACUACACCCAAGGCUCGUACUACGUGCAGCUUCCCGACACUCGCUUGCAGACUGUCAAGUACUACGUGGACGGCGACUCUGGCUACGUGGCCGAGGUGGAGUACGAGGGCGAGGCUCAGCAUCCUGAGUCCGAGGAGUAUCGCGUGUCUCGAGGCCGAUACUCAGCCCCUGACUCAAGCGAAGAAGACUCGUCCGAAACGGUCGUUCGAGCUCCCUCAAGAUUUUAUGGCUCACCUUUGUAAAGCUGAGAGAAAAAAGGCGGAUCUCGAUGCGACGGCCAUGAUUCCAUAUGGAGAUGAUGUGAAUUUAAUUUAUUUGUAUAGUUAAU